UUUCGGAGAGCUUCAAAAUGGGCGUCUGAGAAAUAGAACAAACAUAAAUUUGGUAUAAUUAUAUGGACGUUAGAUAAAGAAUGUAUAUUUGGGUCCAUGUGUGAAGUUAGGAUUGGUAGGACUGUGCACUAAAUUCUUAGGUUACUGACCGUUGUAUGAUAGAUACUUUUAUCCUCCCAUUGGAGUAGCCUAGUACAACGAUGGAAAAGGCGACGCAGCCCCAGCUGAUGGUCAAUAGCGCAGAGAGUCCGACGGAGGAGCUCUCCAAGAUAAGCGACGAGGAGCUGCUCAAGUGGAGCAAAGAGGAGUUGGUGCGGCGGCUAAGGAGGGCAGAAGCAGUGAAGAUGAGCUUUAUGCUUGACCACGGGAAUUUGAUCCGGGAGGUGAACCGGCGACUCCAGCAGCACCUGACCGAGAUCCGGGGUUUGAAGGAUGUGAACCAGAAGCUGCAGGAGGAUAACCAGGAGCUGCGGGACCUGUGCUGUUUCCUUGAUGACGACCGUCAGAAGGGCAAGCGUGUGUCUCGGGAGUGGCAGCGUCUGGGCCGCUACAGCGCCGGCCUCAUGAGGAAAGAGGUGGCUCUCUACCUGCAGAAACUCAAGGAGCUGGAGCAGCGCCAGGGAGAAGUGAUCAGAGAGAACCUGGAGCUCAAAGAGCUGUGUAGCCUACUGGACGAGGAGAGAGGGGGAGGAGCAGGGCAGAGUGCAGGGUGCAGAAGCUCCAUCGACAGCCAGAGUAGUCUGUCUCAAACUGGGGGGGCUACACUGGGCUUGCUCCGAGACGUGGGGGAUGGGAGCAGCACCUCGAGUGCGGGAAGCACGGAUAGCCCCGACCACCCCCACCGCAAGCCCCCUCACCAGGGCUCCGGCCUGGGCUCCAACCCUGGCUCCAACCAUGACAAACCAAAGGGCCCGGGCCCUGAAUCUACAGGCCGCCGCCACAGCUCCACCCCGGACUACCACACCUUCCCCCAGGCCUGCAGGCCCCGUGGGGGGUCCCUCACCAGCCCUGAUCCCAGGGGCCUCCGGGGGCCCUGCAGCCCAGAGAAACACAGCAUAUUCCCUACCGGACUGGCGGCUGAGGCCCACUCCAAACCCAACAGUGCUGGCAUGCUGGCCCAGAAACCGCUUUUGGGGUCUGGGCAAGGGUUAGGGCCAAACCAAGGUUCAGGCCAGUCAAGUCCUGACCUCUCACAGAGACACAGGGUUAAUGCGGUCGGGGUUGGGGCUGGAUGUUGGACCCCUGAGCCCAAACAGGCACUGACGGGGACGCCAGAGCACCUGAGGAAGGGUCGGGUGAUUGUGGGGAGCCCUGAAGUGUUACGACACCACAACCACAGCACCAGUUCAGAGCACUGGAAGGGGAGGUACGGCAGUAGCCCCCCAGCAGGCAGGGAGUGGGGACAGAUGAGGACCACUGGAGAUGAGUUGUCCCCUCACCACGGCAGCAUCUACAACGGCAUGAACGGCUAUGUGGGUUAG